AUGGAGGCUGGGAUUUGGCUGACGCUGUUGUUCUCAGUCUAUGUGACUGAAUGUUUGCCAGAGAAGCCUAAGAGAUCGGCUCUGAACCAGUUGACCAGGACCCUCCUGAGGAAAUACGACUGUGGAGUCCGACCUGUUCACAACUGGACUAGUCCCACCACUGUGCACAUAGACCUCAUACUGCAGUCUGUCCUCGACGUGGAUGGAAAAACACAGAGCAUUACUACGAGUAUGUGGUACAGACAGAUCUGGACUGAUGAGUUUCUGGUCUGGGAUCCAGAAGAGUUUGAUGGCAUCAGUGAGAUCUCCAUGUCGUCUGAUGCCAUCUGGAUACCGGAUAUCAUCGUUAGUGAAUUUGUGAACGAAGGGAAGUCCCCCUCGAUCCCCUACGUUUACGUCAGCUCCUCCGGCUCAGUGAAGAGCUACCGGCCCAUGCAGGUGGUGCUGGCCUGCAGCCUGGAGAUGUACGCCUUUCCCUUCGACAAGCAGAACUGCAGCCUCACCUUCCGCAGCUGGCUUCACUCAGUGAAGGAAAUAGACCUGGCUCUGUGGAGGAGCGCCGAGGCCAUCGCUAAUGAUCAGAGGCAGUUCAUGAACGAUGGGGAGUGGGAGCUGCUGUCCAUUCCUUCACGCUACUGGCAGAUCCACCAGGAUGACACCGAUUAUGCCCACAUCCAGUUCAACGUGCUGAUCCGGCGGCGCCCCCUGCUGUACGUGGUGGGCCUCCUCAUCCCCAGCGUUUUCCUCAUGCUGGUGGACGUGAUCAGCUUCUACCUGCCCCUGAACAGCGGCACCCGCAUCGUCUUCAAGAUCAGCAUCCUGCUGGGCUACACCGUCUUCAGGGUGAACCUGACCGACGAGAUGCCGGCCACCGCCGCCAGGACGCCGCUUAUAGGCGUGUUCUUCGCGGUGUGCAUGGCCCUGCUGAUGCUCAGCCUAAUCAAAUCCAUACUGGUGGUGAAGCUGCUCCAUCACAGCGAGAAGGAGGUCAAGCAGAUGUCAAUAUCUGCCUGCCUGCUAGACAAGUACGGCUCCGGCGGCCACGGCUGCACAGAGAGUGCUUUAACCUCCAUCAAGACCCUCGACCACAUCAACUUGACCGAAGAUUACGAGCUGGCGUCUUCGGUGGAAGGGGAUCUGCUGUCUCUAAGCGAGACCCAGGACGCCCCCUCUGGGCUGGACUGGCUCCUCCAGGAGCUGGUUUCCCUCCGCCUGACCUUGGCGCUGGAGGACACCGAGGCUUCGGGUCAGGCCGACUGGCUGGCCCUGUGCGCCAAACUCGACCGCUUCCUGUUUCGCCUUUACGUGCUGGUGCUGGUUCUGUACGCUGGUACUCUGCUGAUGCUCUGGGCCAGCUGGAGCUUUGCCUGACCUACGGAUUUAUUAUUGUGGACACUGAUGUUUGAAUCGUUGCUAAUUUAUCACAAACUACAGUGAAUCUGUGCCCACUUUAAGCUUCAGUCUGAGCCCAUCUAUUGUACUGCCACUGUACAGAAGCCUCAUCGCUUGAUAGAGACUUCAUUGUAUUAAGCUUAUUAUCCUGCAUUUCUGACAGUAGAUUGACUCAAAGAUACUGUAUAAUAACACAGCUCUCUGGAGAAAAUCCUCGACGCCAGUGUGAUGUUAUAAUAUUAUAUCCGUGCUCUAAUCUCCAUCCCGCUGCCACACAAAAAAAAGAUCAA